CGUCCCUUUGUUACAUUGACCUAUGCACAGAGCCUGGAUGGGAUGAUUUCCAAACAAGGAGAACAGCUGCUUUUGAGUGGUCCAGAAAGUAUGGCCAUGACGCAUAGAUUACGAUUGCUUCAUGACGGCAUUUUGGUGGGCAUAGGAACAGCGCGUGUUGAUAAUCCACAACUUAAUGCUCGACAUGUUCCCGCGUCUGAUCUUGAAUCGUACAGACAGCCGCAGCCUAUUGUUCUCGAUAACCGCCUUGAACUGCCGUUGGAUUGCAAACUGAUCAAGAAUUUCAAAAGCGGCUCAGGCCGAAGACCGUGGAUCGUUACCACAGCAUCGAAUUCUAAUCCCGCUGCUGUAAGAACACUCUCCAUGAAGCAGGAAAAGCUGACAAAGCAAGCACAUUCAGGAAAAGACGAGAACACUGGUCGGGCAAACUUGGAGACGGUAUUUGAGGUUUUGAAAAAGCAAGGAAUCACGCGACUUAUGGUGGAAGGCGGGGCCAAGAUCAUUCAGUCAUGCCUUGACAGCAGUUGUGUGGAUCAGCUGAUUGUUACCGUGGCUCCGACAUUUGUGGGGGAUGGAGGGGUCAAGGCGGGC